AUGGUGCUUCCAAGCCUGCUACUGCAGGUAACCCUCGGAUUUCUGGGCUUAUUCGCGAUCCCCUCUUACGCUGCGCAACGCCGACUCGAUAUCCCCAAUGAGAGCCACAGCCACUGGGUGGGCAGAGCCCACAGGCCCCAACAGAAGACGGAUGUCUCUAGCAGCAAGCCACCUGCAGCAGAAAGUAUUUUCAUGGGCGCGACAUCUGCGGAAACCGAGGAAAAAGACGCUUCCAAGCAGCAGCACUGGAGCAGCCCGAGCGGAGCAAAAUCAGGUGAUGAUGUUGCUCUGUUCUCAUUUUCUGAACCGUCGUCAGGCGUCAUGAAACUUUUAGAAGGGGUGCAAGCUUCCCAGUUGGCUCGUCCGCUUUCUCGUGACCAGUCCUCGUCUCCUAAGAAAAAUAAUGCCAAACUCUCCGCCUUCGACGGGGUGGGAGGAUCUUCAGAGAAUGCCUCAAAGGAACCUUUUUCCGCUGAUUUCUCUGUUCGCCGGGAUUUAGCGAAGCUGUUGCUCAAAGACCAGUUUAGUGCAGAUCCAUCCCCAAAUUCGAGACUCAAGAAGGCCGUCGAGACAGAGGGUGGACAUCUCUCGUCAGUGGGUCUUACCAUGUGUGGAAGAAGAGAACAAGAUGAGGACGCGUUGGUGGUAGAUGCGGCUCUUCCGAAUUCGCCGUUCCUCCUUAAAGCCCUCUUUGAUGGACACGGGGGCCUCUCAACCUCCAAGUACUGCUCAGAGAAUAUGCAUAGAUUCCUCAGUGAGCCUUCACCUUGCCUAUCAGCUUUUCUCGCCGUUUCGGGGUCUGCCUCGACCCCGGAAGCGUUGCGGGAUGCCUUUCUUGCUCUAGACGAGGAGAUUCUCGGAGCCACAUCAACACGUCAAGCAGGAUCCACAGGUAUAGUUGCGCUGAUAGAGGAGCUGGAGGAGUCGCGGGAACUGCUAGUAGCUGGCAGAGAAGUCAUUCAAUCCACCUGUGCGGUGACGCUCUACCAGAAGCUAGAAGAAGCCGACAAGCUCGGGGUUUCCGAGGGGCCCCUUCAGCUCAUCAAGUUGGGAGGGCCCACAGCACCCGGCUUCCUUGUCACCGUCGCCAAUGUUGGGGAUUCUCGUGCGACGCUGUUGCACGCCGACGGAACCUUCACCAUCUUGUCGAGAGAUCAUAAGCCCACAGACUUCGAGGAGCUCGAACGCAUUCAGCGAGCAGGAGGAUUCGUGUCUUACUCCAGCAGCACUGUACCGAGAGUAGACGGCAUCUUGGCGCUUUCUAGGGCCUUCGGAGAUGGGGCUUUUAAGGCAACCAAGAAGCUGGGCCCAACGCAGCAGCGCGUGGUGGCAGUGCCAGAGGUGCACACUUUCUAUGCGAAGCCGGGAGACGUCUUGAUGCUCGCUUGUGACGGGGUCUUUGAGCCGGAUGCCAUGAACUGGCUAUAUGUUUCCCACUUCAUGAUAGAGCUGCUUUAUGGGCACGGAGACGACCUCACGGAGGCUGGGGUGAAGCUGCUUGAGCACGCAUAUGAGUCGCUUUCGGGAGAUAACAUUUCUGUCGUGCUUACCAGGUUUCAUGAUGGCCUGCGCAAGGAGCGAAGGUCGCGGCGCUUUGAAGUGACUGUUAACGGUGCGUGCUAUGUGGCUCCCUAA